AAUAAGAAUACUUUAGUCAGGUUUUUGAGAUCUUGAACGUUUGAGGUUAAAUUUUCCAUUUUUAAUUAUUUAUAACACGUGUUAUAUAAAAUUUUAAAAACGUAAGGAAUAAUAUUUACAAAUAUUUUUAGAAGAUAUAAUAUAUAUAUAUAUAAAUUUAAUUUAUAGAAGAUAAGAUGGCAAAAUCAAUCCGAAGUAAAUGGAAGAGAAAAUGUAGAGCAAUUAAAAGGGAACGUUAUGGAGCAAAAGAAUUAGAAAGAUUAAAAAAAACAUUGGGUAUUAAUGAAAAUGGAACACAAGAUGUUGAAAUGUCAGAUAUAUCAAAUAUUGCUACAGUUGUUGAUGCCAAAACAAUAAAGGAAAAUACAAAAGCAAAUGAUAAUGUAACAAAUGUUGAAGAAAUGGAUACCGACAAUGGUGGUAGAAUAUAUAAUAAAAAAACAAUGCUAGAUCAAUAUGGAAAUUAUCCAAUAUGGAUGAGUAAACGAAAAAUUGCAAAACACAAAAAAGGUAGAGCAAAAUCACAGAAAGCAAACUCAAGGUCACACAAAAGAUUAACUAGGAAACAAAAAAAAGCAGCAAAACAAAAAUCUUCCAUGUGAAAUUAAUUAAUUAUAUCAAUCAAUAUAAUUUUUUUAUAUAAAUCAUAA